AUGGUCAUAGGUAUAUAUAUUAUUACUAUAUUAGGAGCAUAUGAAAACGUUCUAAUAUACAGUAAUCAAAUUGCGCAGGCAAAGUAUGUGAGCAGUGACCCGGACUAUCUAAGUUGCAAGAAGAAAGAAUGCCAGAAAUAUGGCAAUGACGGAAAAUGUGAGAUCUCAACUUGCAGUGGCUCCAUAACUUUUCAUGUUGUUAACAUCAGAACUGACAUCGAAUUCGUGUUCUUUACUGGAGGAUUUGGAACACCUUGUAUUUUGACUAGGACUGACGUCCCCCUGAAAUUUUCUAAUCCAAAUUCACCAUUGUAUGGACAUCUCUCAAGCAUGGAUUCCACUGGAACAUCGAUGAGAUUAACAUGGGUUAGCGGGGAUAAGGAACCUCAACAAGUUAAGUAUGGAGAUGGGAAAUCACAGACAUCAGAGGUUACAACAUUUUCAGCAGACGAUAUGUGCAGUUCUGUUGUCGUACCAAGUCCAGCCAAGGAUUUUGGAUGGCAUGACCCUGGUUACAUUCACACAGCGGUGAUGACAGGACUGCAGCCUUCAAGCACAUUCAACUACAAAUAUGGCAGUGAUUCAGUUGGAUGGAGUGACCAAAUUCAAUUCCGGACACCACCAGCAGGAGGAUCAGAUGAACUCAAAUUUCUUGUAUUUGGUGAUAUGGGAAAGGCUCCGCUUGAUGAUUCUGCUGAGCACUACAUUCAGCCAGGAUCUAUUUCAGUUAUAAAAGGAAUGAUUGAAGAAGUGGAAAAUGGCAAUGUCGAUUCCAUUUUUCACAUUGGAGACAUAAGCUAUGCAACUGGCUUCUUAGUUGAAUGGGAUUUCUUCCUUCACCUUAUAAGUCCUGUGGCUUCUCAAGUUACUUACUUGACAGCAAUUGGAAAUCAUGAGAGGGAUUAUGCAGACUCAGGUUCAUGGUAUCCAGGUCCAGAUUCGGGAGGGGAAUGUGGAGUUGCUUAUGAGACCUAUUUCCCAAUGCCAACCCCAGCAAAAGAUAAGCCAUGGUACUCCAUAGAACAAGGCAGUGUUCACUUCACAGUCAUUUCAACAGAACAUGACUGGAUAGAACAGUCUGAACAGUACGAAUGGAUGAAGAACGACAUGGCUUCAGUUGAUCGAUCAAAAACACCUUGGUUAAUCUUUACUGGUCACAGGCCAAUGUAUAGUUCUCUAGGAGCUGACGAUAAAUUUCUUAAAAUCGUGGAACCCGUUCUGCUGGAUAACAAGGUUGAUCUGGCCCUUUUCGGCCAUGUGCAUAAUUAUGAGAGAACUUGUUCGGUUUAUAAUUCUGAGUGUCUGGCAAUGCCAACGAAAGAUGAAAAUGGGAUAGACACGUACGAUAACAGCAACUACACUGCACCUGUGCAAGCUGUUGUUGGAAUGGCUGGCUUCAGUCUUGACAAAUUCCCAGACAAUGCUGCUAGUUGGAGCUUGUCGAGAGUUUCUGAAUUUGGCUAUGUCAGAGCACAUGCAACAAAGGAUGAGCUGAAAUUAGAGCUUGUGAAUUCGGAUACCAAAGAUAUCAAGGACAGCUUCCGCAUCACCAAAAAUCAAGUAUCAGACUUCCGUGUGCUCAACAGAAGAACUGUAUUUCAAUGUCUUAAUUCAAACCCUUUCCUCCAAAUUCAUGUCAGGAAGAAUUCUGACCUCUCCAAUGAAGAGUUUGUCACCGUGACUGUUAGCGGAGUUUUGCUUCCUUCACCAGAAGACUGGAUCGCCAUGAUCUCACCUUCUCAUUCUAAUGUCGGAGCUUGUCCUCAGAGUGAAGCUUUUUGUUUACAGACGGGUGAUAUCAGUAAACUUCCUCUUCUCUGCCAUUAUCCUGUUAAGGCAAAAUUUGUGAGCAGUGAUCCAGACUAUCUAAGCUGCAAGAAGAAAGAAUGCAAGAGACAUAGCAAAGGCAAAUGCAAGGUCACAACUUGCAGUGGCUCCGUAGCAUUUCAUGUCAUUAACAUAAGAACUGACAUCGAAUUUGUGUUCUUCACUGGUGGAUUCCAUAAGCCUUGCCUUUUGAAGAGGACCAUCCCCCUGAAGUUUUCGAGUCCGAAUGCACCAUUGUAUGGACAUCUCUCAAGCAUAGAUUCCACUGGAACAUCGAUGAGAUUAACAUGGAUCAGUGGGGAUAAGAAACCUCAACAAGUGAAGUAUGGAAAUGGAAAAUCACAGACAUCCCAGGUUGCGACCUUUUCACAGGAUGAUAUGUGCAGUUCUAUUUUGAUACCAAGUCCUGCCAAGGAUUUCGGGUGGCAUGAUCCUGGUUACAUUCACACAGUAGUGAUGACAGGACUUCAGCCUUCCAGCACCUCCUACUACAAAUAUGGAAGUGAUGCGGUUGGAUGGAGUGAUAAAAUUGAAUUCCGGACUCCACCAGCUGGAGGGUCAGAUGAACUCAAAUUUCUUGUGUAUGGUGAUAUGGGAAAGGCUCCUCUUGAUGCUUCUGCUGAGCACUUCAUACAGCCAGGAUCUCUCUCAGUGGUAAAAGCGAUGGUUGAAGAAUUGAAAAAUGGCAACGUAGACUCCAUUUUUCACAUUGGGGACAUAAGCUAUGCAACUGGCUUUCUAGUUGAAUGGGAGUUCUUCCUUCACCUUAUAAGCCCUUCGGCUUCCAAGGUUUCUUACAUGACAGCAAUUGGAAAUCAUGAGAGGGACUAUGCAGAUUCAGGGUCGUAUUACCCAGGUCCUGACUCUGGAGGAGAAUGUGGAGUUGCUUAUGAGACCUACUUCCCAAUGCCAACUGCAGCAAAGGAUAAGCCAUGGUAUGCCAUAGAACAAGGUAGUGUUCACUUCACUGUCAUUUCGACAGAACACGACUGGACAGAAAAUUCUGAGCAGUACAAUUGGAUGAAGAAGGACAUGGCUUCAGUUGAUCGAUCAAAAACACCUUGGUUGAUUUUCGCAGGGCACAGGCCAAUGUAUAGUAGUUAUCUUGUCAAAAGCACCGAUGAUAAAUUUCGAGAUGUUGUAGAACCAGUCCUGCUAGCUAACAAAGUUGAUCUGGUUCUCUUCGGCCAUGUUCAUAAUUAUGAGAGAACAUGUUCCAUUUAUAAGUCCCAAUGCCUGGCAAUGCCAAGGAAAGAUGAAAAUGGGAUAGACACAUAUGAUAAUAGUAACUACAAAGCACCAGUACAGGCUGUUGUUGGAAUGGCUGGCUUCAGUCUGGACAAAUUCUCACUCUUAGUAACAGGUUGGAGUUUGUCAAGGAUUUCUGAAUUUGGCUAUGUUAAAGCACAUGCAACAAUGGAUGAGCUAAUGGUAGAGUUUGUGAAUUCAAAUACAAGAAAGGUCCAGGACAGCUUCCGCAUCACCAAAAAGCAAAAUAGUUAGAAAAUUAGAUAACGUGAAUUAGCUGGAAGGAACUAUGGAAUUUCUGGUUCAAGUUUAAACUGAUA